UUAAAGUCUAUGCGAAAAAUAAAACCUGUGUGGGUUUCAGAAAAUGGGAGAAAUCGCCUCACUAUUGAGGAACCAAAGUUAAGGUGAUUCCUGGGUAAAUGAUUUAUGUAUGUACAGACAAGGUUUGCAUUCUGACCUGCAAGCCAAUGUAAGUCGAGCUGAGUGACUGCGUGUGAAAGAGGGCUCAUCUCCUUUCCCAUGUCCUCUGGAGGAGGCUUGUACGGCCGCACUGAGCGUGUCCGUCAUGCGCCACACUAUGACCAGGUCCCCCAGGGCUCCCCACAGAGAGACCACCUCCAUGAUCUCCAACCCCUGAGUCAGCUGGAUGCAGAGCUAGCUCUGAGCGCCGACCCCUUACCACCUCCCCCCCUACCAGACCACCCCCCUGUGGGGCCUGAGUUUGACUCAAGUGACAGCAAGGAUAACGCUGACCCGGAGGCUGACCCGUCUAUCGACAUAAAACCAGUCCACCGCUUCAUUCCAGACUCCUGGAAAAGCUUUUUCCGAGGCACCAGUGGGCGUAGCAGUGACAAGCCUUGGUCGAUGCCUGGCUCAUCCUCCAAUAACAACAACAACAGCAGCGAGGGUGUGCGCUGCUCACCCCCCCACUCGCCCUCUCUGCCGGGGUCCCACCGGGACCCCUAUGGGGGGUCGGGUAGCAGCUACAACUCCCGCAAACAACUAUUGGGAGGCGGGAACCACCCAGAGUCCAUUUCUGGGCGGACUUACCGUACGGGUUUGACCUAUAGCGAGCGUGUGGAGGAGUAUCAUCAGCGCUAUGACUACAUGAAGUCCUGGGCGGGUCUUCUGAGAAUUCUGGGGUGUGUGGAGCUGCUGUUGGGGGCAGCGGUGUUUGCCUGUGUUUGCGCGUACAUACACAAAGACAACGAGUGGUUCAACAUGUUUGGCUACUCUUCUCCUGGGGGUACGUAUGGGAGUUAUGGAGGAGGAGGGAUGUAUGGAGCAGGCAUGGGCGGGUCUUACUACACAGGUCCAAAGACUCCAUUCGUGCUGGUGGUCGCAGGCUUGGCCUGGGUGGUGACUGUGAUUAUGUUGGUGUUGGGGAUGACCAUGUACUACCGCACAAUCUUGCUGGACUCGUCCUGGUGGCCUCUGACCGAGUUCACUAUAAACCUGGUUCUGGCUGUGCUCUACUUGGCCGCAGGUGUGGUGUACGUCAAUGACAUCACUCGCGGAGGUCUUUGUUCGUACCCUGUGUUCAACAACGGCAUCAGUGCGGGCUUCUGCCGCACAGACGCAGGACAGACGGCUGCCAUCAUUUUCCUGUUUUUCACCAUGUUGAUCUAUCUAAUAGGGGCCUUCGUGUGUCUCAAACUGUGGAGGCACGAAGCGGCUCGCAGGUACCGCGAGAAGCACAGUCAAGAGAUGCAAUCGAGAGAGUUGCCUGGAACACAAGUUUUGAUUGUUCCAGAUCAUGGUAUUCCUGAACAAGUCCAGCAUUCCACUGUUGUGCCCAUCCAAGCUGCCCCCAAGGUCGGCCUACCCAAGGUCCUACAAGGGGCCAUUCCCUCAGGACACAUCCCUAAACCAGUCAUCCUACCAGACUACAUUGCUAAGUAUCCAACUGUCCGCACAGACGAUGAGCGUGACCAGUAUCGGGCUGUAUUCAAUGACCAGUAUGCAGAGUACAAGGAGAUCCACUCUGAAGUGCAAGCAACAGUGAAGAAGUUUGAUGAAAUGGACGCCAUGAUGCGCAGCCUACCACAACAGACCAACAACCCCAUGGAGUAUGAACGCGUAAACAGAAUCCUCCAAGAGUACCAGAGAAAGAAAAAUGACCCUACUUUUUUGGAGAAGAGAGAGCGUUGUGAGUACCUGAAGAGCAAACUCUCCCACAUUAAGCAGAAGAUUCAUGAAUACGACAAGAUCAUGGAAUGGAACGAUGGUUAUAAGUAAACAUCUGCAGCCUCUCGAAGAGAAAAACGUCCAGGUCCUGACAAGAGACGAGUGGUAACAUCUUCAGAUCAGAGAGAAGCAUGUCAUUUUAAAAUGUGAACUGAUUAAAUUGGUAGGAUAUAUAUAUAUUAUACACACAAGCAUCUAAAUAUGCUAACAUAUAUGUAAUAUCUAAGCAGAUAAAUAACGUUGAGAAGAGAGUGUGUAUGUUUGUGUGUGUAGGUGUGUUUGUUUCCCUGUGUGUGAAUGUAUGUUGAGUAAUUAAGUGGUUGGAUUGAUAUCUGACUGAAGGAACCGCUUAACCCUUGUGCUGCCUUCGGGUCACAUGACCCAAAGGUUCAUAACAAACCAUUGUUGUGUUUACCCAAUACAAAAACAAAUAAAAAUAAUUUUAUUUUAACAUUCGCAAUGUGGGGGGUCUGAGACAGCCCAACAGUUAAAAGAAAAUCAUUCACUUUGUUUUUGUAUGCGGUAAAGUUGUUGCAAUACGACGGUGGGUCACAAUGACUGAUGGGUCGGAAUGACCCGAAGAUAACACAAGGGUUAAGCAAUGCUUCAUUUUACUAAAAUUAUCUAUGCAAGUCAAAGAGGUACUGUUAACAUUCUGUAGCUGUGGCCUUCAUUUCACUCAUUUCAACUUCAGUGGGAUCUUUAGUGGAUUUGUACCUCCUAAAGUGUUAGGGAAGUGUAAAGGGAGAAAAUGUUUUUGCUGCAUUCCAAAUGACGGGUUAUGUAAAUAAUUAUAUUAAACUUAUUAGUUGAAUGUUUUUCACUGUCACUCGAUCAAUGAGCACUGGAUAUAUUCAUGUUUUAAGCACUGUAGAACCUUUACAGCCACCGUUAAAUUCGCUGUCAACUUCACCUUCUGAAAGUGCGAGUUCUCUAUUUUGUGAUGUCCAUUCCAUUGUUGCGGAUGCCCUAUAUAAUUAUCUAAUCCAUCAGAUUCUGGUUUGUUUACAUUGUUUUUUUUUUUUUUUUUUUGUCAAAUCAUAUCUCUUAACAGAUAUGGAUGGAAAGUGAUGAAAUAUUACAGAAUGUGUUUUAGUGGCACCUUUUUACGUUUACCACAUUGCCUAUGUAGUGUUAAGGCACUUUUCCCAUUAAACCCAUUGUAGCUUUAGCAUCUUUUUGAGUUGUUCAGUAGUAUGUGUAUAUGUAUUCAUUCUGUAAAAAUGUGUGAAAGGUGUAAAUGUAUCCUAUACCUUGAUGGUUUGUCCUCUGUUCUACGGCAUUCCCAUGUUGCCUUCUUGUGCUGUAAACAUUUGAGAAAUGCUAAUCUGUGUUGUAUUGCAUUGGUGCUUAAAACUACAGCUCUUUGAUUGUA